UUGUUGCACAAUGCACUCCGGAGGUAUCCGAACAGGGCACCGAGGCGCCUGCGGCAGAUUGAAUGGAUGUGGAUUUGCUUCUAGCUGGAGGCGCAAAGUGUUCUUUUUGGGGGGGGGUUACAUGGAAGAAGUUUUGUGAAUUGUGGAUCUAAAUCAAAAGAGCUGGAAUAAGUGACAAAGAGAGGGUCCUUUACAAACGAGCGUCUCUUUUACAAUACUAUGUUCAAGAAGAUGGCUGAAUUUGGACCUGAUUCUGGAGGGAGAGUAAAGGGAGUUACAAUCGUGAAACCGAUAGUGUACGGAAACGUUGCUCGAUAUUUUGGAAAGAAAAGAGAAGAAGAUGGACACACGCACCAGUGGACGGUGUACGUGAAGCCCUAUAGGAAUGAGGAUAUGUCUGCAUAUGUAAAGAAGAUUCAGUUCAAAUUGCAUGAAAGUUAUGGAAACCCAUUAAGAGUUGUCACAAAGCCACCCUACGAAAUUACAGAAACUGGUUGGGGUGAAUUUGAAAUUAUCAUCAAGAUAUUCUUCAUCGAUCCCAACGAGAGACCUGUCACCCUCUAUCACUUGCUGAAGCUUUUCCAGUCAGACUCCAGCGCCAUGCCGAAAAAGACAGUGGUCUCUGAGUUCUACGAUGAAAUGAUUUUUCAGGACCCCACAGCAAUGAUGCAGCAGCUGCUGACAACAUCAAGGCAGUUAACGCUGGGAGCCUACAAACACGAAACUGAAUUUUCAGAGCUGGAAAUGAGGACGAGAGAAAAACUGGAAUCGGCCAAAAAGAAGAGCAGCUUUGAGAUAACAGAGCUGAAGGAAAGGUUGAAAGCCAGCCGUGAGAACAUCAACUAUCUGAAGAGCAAGAUCAGAAAGCUGGAGGAAGAAGACCAGGUCAGGGAUGCCUGAAUGGACAUCCAGCAACACCAAGGCAGUUCUGAACACUGGUCCUUUUUAUAUAACAAGCCCUGCUUCCUUGUGCUGCCUGUGCUUGUUGUAGUUUCUAGUGCUGCAUUAGAUGUAUUCAGUGAAUCCAAAGCUCAAGUCUGACAGUGUGUGUUUGUGUGGAUAAAGACCCACACAAUCAGGACAGACACACUCCUUGGAUUGUCUUCAUCUGAGAUGAUAAUGUGCAGGAAUUGUACAAUUCCUGCACUGAUGAAUCGGACAGAUUAACAGCAGCUGUCCUCCAGGGCUUGUACAGUAGAACAGUAGUUUGUUUUCUUUUCAUUUUAAUGUACCUUGUUUGGUGUGUAUGUACUGCUAUGGGGAGGUUCUGUAGUAAUUUCCAGCACAGACACUGAAGAGUUCCUGUGUCUACUUGUGGAAUGCACAGUGGUUUACCAGCCUCUGCACUGGCUUUUGGAACAGAAACAGCACAUAAAUAUCCAACAAACAAGGUUUUUGAAACACGGUUGGCUAUGAGAGGCUGUUGUUCGAAUCAGCUGCUUGCAGACACCAUGUCUAAGUAGUUAGAUGGAUACAUUUUUUGUACUACAAAUGAACACCUUGCUGGUAUAUGUACCAUACAUGUGAAUAUGGCUUCUUUUACAAAAAAAAAAAAAUAAAUAUUGAUAUUGGAUAUUGCUUUUUUGUUUGUUGAAUAAAAAAAAUGUGUUUUGAUUACUUAC